CCACCGUAGACAUUCCUCCACUGUCAGUCGAGUGCCCGGUGACAGACAGGCAGACCGUCGCUGAGCCGCCGACCCCCCUGCUCCGAGUCUGACACACUAUGGAGGAGAUCAACAGCAUCGAGGUGGUCCCGUGCACAGAGUCCGACUACCUCAAGCCGCUCCGGGUGCACUACAACCAGAAUGGCACAAAGAAAAGCUGGGACUUCAUGCAAACCCAUGACAGCGUGUCAGUGCUGAUCUUCAACACCUCCUCACAUUGUUUUGUCCUCGUCAAGCAGUUCCGUCCAGCUGUAUACAUGUGUGAGUGGGAACGGUCCAAGAAGCAGAAGCCUCAGCCUGCAGAGAAAACUGAGGAGGAGGGCGGCGCCGCCGCCGCCGCCGCUGCCGCCGGCGAGGCCACGGCCCCCGAGCCUCAGGAGGGCCAGUCGACCUCGGAGGGGGGGAGCUCCUCUCAGUGGCCCCCGGCCACAGCGGGGCUCACGUACGAGCUCUGUGCCGGGCUGGUGGACAAACCGGACCUCUCCCUGGAGGAGAUCGCCCGGCAGGAGGUGCUGGAGGAGUGUGGCUACGACGUGCCCGCUUCCAAGCUGAAGAGGAUUACCUCUUACAGGUCAGGCGUCGGCGUAACGGGCGCCAAGCAGACCAUGUUUUACGCCGAGGUGUCCGACGACAACUGCGUGAGCGCAGGCGGAGGUGAGCCGCGGGAGGGCGAGCUCAUCGAGGUGGUCAAGGUCCCGCUGCACGAGGCCAUGACGUUCGCCUACGACGAGCGUAUACCCAAAACCAUGGGCGUCAUCUUUAGCUUCAUCUGGUUCCAUAAUAACAUGUCUCCCAAGUACAAGAUCUCGACUAAUGUCUAACUAGUAUUUACAAAACCUUCUUUCAAAAAAAAAAAAAAAUAAUAAUUCCAAAUUCAAUGAAACACUGGCCCAGCACAUCCAUCGUCCCCCUUACAGCUCUUCAUCCUCUGUUGCCUUGUUGCUCAUUGGUACACGAUGAAGGGUGGGCCCCUUGUCCUGUCGCCAGCAGGUAAUGCUUACGUUUCGUCCUGUUUACCUUUUCAAAUUUCAUGUGGUCUUAAGAAUCUUUUCCUGUAAAAACAAAUAUGCCAUAGCUGGUUGUCUCUGGCACUUUUUUUUUCUUUUUUUUUUCUAAUGUUGAUGUUUUUUUUCUUGUGUUUUUAAAAUAUGCCACUUAUUUCAUUUACUGUGCCAUCUGUUAAAAAUGGCUGGAUAUCACUGAUUUCAUACUGACUUUGUUCGCCUGCCCCUUGAUUUAGAGGAAUGCUCCACUGAUUUGAAUUGUGGAUGUUGAAUGUUGCCUUUAAAAUAUGAAGAAAAAAACAAACACAUAUCAUUCCUUAAACUUGUUUCGACCAUUCCUGCAUCGCACAAUGUUUAUUGCGAACUCUGCGAUUUGUGAUGCGCUCAUGUCACAUCGGAGCUUUCGUCCCACUUUGUCAGUUCAUUCACGACAACAUCCAAAUCAUUAUUGUGACAUAAUAAAGUGCAAAAUUAACAAAAAAUAUGGCUCAAUCAGCCAAAUGUAUUUCCAUGAAAUUGGAUACAAUUUUAAAAUAUGGAUUUGGAUUUAUAUUGCCGUCCCACAGUAAUUUAUUUUCCACACUCCCACUGCUCCUCGAUUGCUGUGUGAUUGUAAUCAUGCAACAAUCGUGAUGUUGUGAAUGCUCAUAAAUUAUCAACAUGGGGAAAUAUUUCCCUUCUCCACCAUCCAUCCCAUAUGAUGUGAACUUGGCUUUAAGCCACGAUGCUAACCAGCCACGCGCUCCUGGUUAGCUCCGGUUAGCUCUACAUUGUUCAUUUCACAAUUCAACGGCAAACAAUGGCUUUUUGUACGUGUUCUCAUCACCCCAACCACUAAAGACUAGAAGAAACAGUGGAGUAUUCCUUUAAGCCAUGAUCCAGUAAUGCAAAAACUAUGCUAUUUAAUUGUGGGGCCUCGUAACGAGGGAUUAGUGAGGUGUGUGUGUCUGUGUGUGUGUGUGUGUGUGUGUGUUUUUCAUCCACCACUCGUUCAGGCACGCCUCAAUUAAUUUAUCUUAUCCGCAGCCUUUAAGCAAUACUUAUCACACAGAACCCCGGGGCUACACAAUCACUCCGUGUCGCUGAACUCCAGCUUGCACUCUGUUGGAAAAUCCUUCAUCAAAUUCCAACCCGGUCGACAUAUUAGCAGACGUUAUUGACCAAGCGGAAAGAGCCUACGUUGAAGAUGUGACACACAGCUUCACGUUUAGUUUGAGAUCCAAAAAGCUGCAGGUUUUUUCUUCUUCCAGAACAAUAUAUUUUGGCUGUCACAUUUACUUUAUUUUUUAUUUUUUUUUUACAGUUUUGGAGGGAAUUCUUUUUACCCUAUAUUACACAUUAUUUUCAGAGAUAUAGACAGACUGGAAAUACAGUCGACAAAAUACCAUAUACCUGUAUAUGCUAAAAAAUAUAUAAUUCUUUAGCAUAUCCUGGGAGAGGAAAUGUCCAGGUUACAUUUGAACACAUUGCCGCAUGUUUAGAGGGAGUUCAACCAUCCGACCGCCUUUUAUUAAUAGUUCAUUCUGGAUUUUCCAGCGUGAUGUGUGGCGAGUUGUCAUAAACACACAAACCCUAAUCUCACCAAAAUUAAAUCCUCAACAGCAGUUUGUCAAAAAUCUCUCAGGUCCCGAAGUCAUCAAACUUUAGGCCGUUCAGGGAAAAUCUCUGAAUGUGAUGACGACCAGCAUAGUUAUUAUUAUACGAUCGUAUUUCAAAAAUCACUCGCAGCUUAUAGACGACAAAGGUUCUUACUCUUCUUACUCCAGUAUUUAUUAAUAUUUUACUUCAUUCAAAAAAGGGCUGGUACUUCAUUUAUUACUUAGUAUGUGAUAAGACCCCCUCCCCCUCUCCCACCUUGUUUAAAAAAAAUAUGCAAGAACUGAAAAAUCACUGCUCACCAAAAAAAAAAAUACACCAUCUCAUUAUUUAUACAUUACUACAGUAGGAUAAUAAUAAUAGAAAUACCCUCCAGAUCUUUUGAUAACCAGUGAUUUCAUAUUGACUAGCUCCUUUUAGUGCACCAGCAGAGUUUGCAAGUGGGAAAACAUGUGUGACACGUGCGGUGAGUUGUACUGAUUAACUUGGUUGUUUGAUGAACUUGAAAUAUGAAAAGAAAAAAAAAAGAAGCUGUAUUAUUAGUAAGGAUGUGCAACACCUUAAAAUCAUCAUACAAAUGAAUUUUUUUUAACAGAACAAUUCUGGUCCCCAUAUUGAAACUUGCUGUAUUUUUUUCCUCACCCAGUGUAAAAUGUUAAAGAUCCGAACGAGGAUUAAUUUGUUCUUAUCUGCUUCUUGAGCCUGAGGGGAACAGCUGACAAUCAAAUUUCAACAUUCAUCAUCAUUUACCAAUUAGUACCUCGGAUGUUUCCUGCUCUUAUUCUUUCAUUGACCUUGUUAGGUGUUUGUCCUCGUCCCCUCCUGAAGCUCAGCAUCACUUUCAGGCGUCGCUGUGCAGGAAUCCGCUGCCACAUGAAAUUAAUUGUUCUCAUCUGCGCAAAUACCCAAAUUUAAAAAAUGAUUUGAAUGAACCAAACGAAAUACUAGUUUCCUGUUACGAAAACAUUUGAGGAGUAAUUUCCACCCAAGCCGUGUAGGAAAAUAUGCAUAUAACCCCUUAAGCCAUAUUCAUCUCCCCUCAUGGCCAAUCAGUGAGCUUCUUCGUCCCUAAAAGAUCCGUCCUUGAUGUAGGAUUGUCUAGUUUUCUGGAGAAGCUUGAAUUGUUUUGCUUUCAUUAUUUCAUUUGCUAAAUGGAUUCAUAUUCUCUCAGGAGUAACGAGGUUUCCCAAAACUGUUUUAAUAGUUGUCGGCAUCAAGUGUAGACUUAGAUUACGACGCUUUCAAACUACAGGGCGUAUCUUUGGAAAAAACGUGGAAAGCACCUUUGGAAAAUCACGGAAUGACCUGGAAGUGAAGUGAGCAGGGCUGUAUUUUCAAGUCUUUAACAACAUUUUUUUUAAACUUUAACACCUCAUCCCCAUCAGAUUCACUACGUCAUUCCCUAAUUCUCCUUCUCUCAUCCGACUCCUCCCGAUGUGACAAUCUUUCCUUUAGUCUUCAGGUGAGCAAGGUCCGCGUGGGUCUCGGCGGUUCAACGCGGGACCUCGCCGAACGCUUUCCAAAUGGUGCUCACAGUCUCCCGAUGUCCAGCCCCGUCGUGGAAUGACCCUUGAGAAAAAAAGUGUUUGUCGCACACAUUUUACAGGUGUUAGCCAUGACCACCGCGGCGUUGACAAGAGACGAGUGAGACCUGCGCAUCGUACAUCGUUUAUCGUACAACGAAGCCGUCCGCACCUCAAAUGUGACAAACUAAAGCCAUUUGAACUUCUAAGGCCAGUCUGCAACUCCGUGUGCCUGUCAAGCGUGGAGAGCUGCCAUGUCUCUCUUUUGGCCAAAUCUAUAUUUUUUUGAGGAAAUUUCGUCGCAGAAAUGUGAGGCCUGCGUUGCCCCCCCCCUUUUUUUUAACGUAGGUUUGCCCCCCCCCCCCCCGAGCGCGAACGACGCACAGUAGCAUUAAUGAUUGACGCGCUGAAAACAAAAGUGACAUCCAGUCCGACGUGUACUGUACGUGUACGUGUCACCGAAGCCGGAUCGUUGCAGAGAAUUCAGCUGCCAACCCCCCCCCCCCCGCAUAAACCAGCGUGGCAGCACUUCAGGUUCGUCCGGUUCAUCCAGGGCCUAUACAAAAAUAUAGGUGGAUAAAUAUAUGCGGUAGAAAAUUUCAAUUUAAGGUUUGGCCUGUCGAUUUGUUUUCGUUCAGCCUGUGGAGUCGAGACUCACGAGUUGGAUCUACUCUUAUCAGACCUGCGUUCUAUUUUCUACUGGGGCAUUUAUUUUAUUUUUAAUUAGUUUUUAUAAGCUAUUCAAAAGUGGCUGGCUAUAUGUUUUGUAUAAUCCUAUUCAGGUUAAAAAUUUCUGUCUUUUUUUUCGCUGCAUGAAAUUUCAAAAAAUUUGAGUUUGAAGCAAAACUGUCAUAAUUGUUGAAUUUUGGUCUAAUGGGGGUAUAAAAAAAAAUCAGUAACACUUCCAGAGUUCCUGGAGGUCUUCAACUUCAACAUUUUAAGAAAUGCUAUUAUUUGCCUUUUUUAUAAAGAGCUGCGUGUUAAAGAUUGACACCGAUCUUGCGUUUAUAUACAGUAAAUAUGAAGCUAUGGGGACGCACCACUAACAAGGUAUAACAGGUCGUACCCGUCUCUCUCUCUGCCCUUGUUUCCUUUCCUACAGUGUGUUAAUCAGUGAGCUGUCGAUUUCAUAAUUUACCACAAUGUGAAUAAGCACAUUUUGGGGGGAAGAAAAGAUGCUGAACUUUUCCCACUCUGCGACCAAACUCGAUGCACUUUUGACAGUUGAGUGAUGUUGCACGCUGUCCUGGUGGUGAACCAUGUGCUAACUUCUAUUAGAUAUGCGUUGAAGACUAAUAUGCGAGCUAAGUAAACGGUUGUGUAAUUCAUUUCUGGAUAUAUUAACGAUUAGCCCAGCAUCGGACUAUUUCUACCUCCAUCGCUCAGGCACAUGAUGAUGAGUACUUUGUUCUAUUUGACAUAUCAAAAUUUCCGCCACGUCAGAAGUGUGAAAACUCAAUCCAUCAGUACCAGAUUUGUAUAGAUGCCGCCCCCCCCCAUGGUUAUACUGUAGUUGCUUCUGCAAGUGUAAUUGUUAUUUUUGGGGGUUUUCUUUUGUUAACGGAUUGUUCGCCGUUUGACAACUUGCUCCUGUAUCUUCAGUGAUCAUGAGCUGAACCACAAUUCAUCCUAAAGAAAUAUCGGGUUUUCUCAAAGGUGCUAUGUGUAGUACUGUCUGAUUUUCAGUAAAGACGUAUUACUGUUAAAAUUUCUGUAGGACCAUGGAUGUGACAGUUCAGGGGUCGCCUCUGGUGAUCGACCCAAUAUUCAUGUGUGUGUCAUUGAACACAUGGUGACUCUUGAUUUGCUCGUGAAGGCACUUUUUUUGUUUUUGGAAGUCCGCUCACUUUUGCCUUUUUAUUUGCAGACCGGUAGCGGAACAUUUCAGAGGCAACGGGGGGGGGGGGGAUAAUUAAAUUUUGCUGCUAUUGAGCAGCUUAUAAAUCCGACGCGUAUCUCACUCUUAUUACCGAGUGUAAUAUUUGACACACAAUACCUUUAAGUGAAGUAAGUAUAAUGAUUUUUCUCAUUGUAAAGACUUAAAGAGAGUUGUCCAAUUGUGUUUUUUUUCUUUCUUCCUUUUCUUGUCUUAUACUGAAUUUGUGUUUUUGAAAAAAAAAAUAUUUCGGGGGGGGGGGGGGGGAGUACAAACACGAAUAUUACAGUUCUCUCAAUUUAUCAUGUAUUUUAAGCUUUAUUAAAAGUGUGUACUCAUUGUGGGCAGUGUUUUCAGUAAGGUUUGGAUUUUGUUAAUUUAUUUCCUAAAUGUUGAAAUAUUUAACUUUUAAAACAUGACACUUGGUACAAACAAACGUAUAUAUAUUUCAAUAUGAUACUUUGCAUGUGCACUAACUGUCUUGGAUGAAACUGCAUUAAGUUGAAAUAAAAUGGGUCCGAUGCCCAAAAUGGCA